AUGGUACCCUUUGCUGGGUACUCGAUGCCUCUAUCAUAUGGAGAUGUAGGGCAGGUCGCCAGCCAUAACCAUGUCCGCACUGAUGCGGGCCUCUUUGAUGUCGGGCAUAUGGUUCAGUCAAACUUCCGGGGCCCAACUGCGACACAAUUUCUAGAAUGGUUGACACCGUCCUCAUUAUCGUCUUUAAAACCGUACAGUUCAACUCUGUCAGUCAUCUUGAACGAGAAGGGUGGUAUCAUAGAUGACACAAUAGUCACAAAGCACGCCGAAGAUGCAUUUUAUGUUGUCACGAACGCCGGACGGAGAGAUCGUGAUUUAGCUUGGUUCAUAGAAAAACUGGAACAGUGGAAUUCCACUGAAUAUGCAAAGAAUGGUCCGGUGGAAAUGGAGGUCUUGGAGAACUGGGGCUUGAUUGCCUUACAAGGACCAAGGGCUGCAUCCUACCUUCAAGCUCUCACUUCCUUCGACCUGCAAAAAUUAACAUUCGGCACCUCUGCAUUCGUUCCUUUGGAAGGUUUCAAUCUCCAUGUUGCCCGAGGAGGAUACACCGGAGAAGAUGGCUUCGAAAUAUCCAUACCGCCAUCGGAAACAGUCGAGGUCGCAAAAAUACUUUCAAAAUACCCUGUUCAACUCACGGGUCUUGGUGCUCGAGACAGCUUACGUCUGGAGGCGGGUAUGUGCCUUUACGGUAAUGAUUUGGACGAAGAUACAACACCUGUAGAGGCUGGAUUGUCUUGGGUAAUUGGGAAGGAAAGGAAAGAAAGUGGUGAAUUCAUUGGCGCAGAAGGCGUUCGAGAACACUUGAAGAACGGUCCACCCAGACGGAGGGUAGGGUUAAUAAUAGAAGGGGCACCUGCUAGACAGGGAGCUAAGAUUUUCUCAGGUACCGAACAGAUUGGAACAAUCACAUCAGGAAUUCCUUCGCCAACACUGAACAAAAACAUCGCUAUGGGAUACGUUAAGAAUGGUUUCCACAAGAAGGGUACUGAGCUCGAGGUUGAAGUGAGAAAUCGUAGACGCCAGGCCGUGGUUACAUCCAUGCCCUUUGUCAAGCCUAAUUAUUGGAGAGGAUAA